AUGGAGUUCCCAACCCCACAAGCUGCCAAAGAAAUUGAACAAUUCCUUCAAAAGUUAGAAGAUUACCCACCACCAAUUCCAGAUAGUGUUAUCAAACAAAUUUUAUCUGAAUGCGGAAUGCAUACAAACGAUAUUCGUGUUAGUCAUAUUAUGAACGUUGUUUGUCAAAAAUUUAUGAGCGAUGUCAUGACGAAAUGCUGCGAAUGUGCUAAACUCAGAGCAAAAGAAGACAAGAAAAAGAAGAAAUUAGAUAUUCAAGUUUCAGAUCUCAAAGCUGCUCUUGAAACUCGUGGAAUUCAUGUCAACAGACCAGAGUUUAUAGUUUCUAUUGAGCCAGAUGAAAAAGAAAAAGAAGAAUAA